AUGGGGGACAAUUCUCACCUAUCAGAUAAUGACCGAGUGUGUGAUGAUAACGUGUUGCCUCAAACGCUUUCUGUUGAUUCAAUUGUUCAAAUGCCUUAUGAUCACAAUGCCAAGCAAAUAGAACUUUCAAGUAGUGCAAAAUCUUUCACCAUAUCCGAUCGCUCUGUCUCCAGAUCUAAUGUGAAUAAUUCUUCGGACACGAUUCCGCUGCGAUUAGGCAAACAGGUGUCGGAAGAAGUGUUGGAGGAUGAAGAGUACAUGGUAGAAUUGGAAUUGGAUAAAGGUAGCAAUAUGCGAUGCUAUACUUAUGACGAGGAGGUUCCAAAUUUGCCCAGUGAUCUGGUAGUGGUUGACGGUGCUGCUUCCGGAACAAAGAAAGGGGGAUUAACAAGUGUCGAAGCACUAGAGAAAUUGGUUACCGUGGCAAAUAAAAUACUUGCAGAGCAUAGCAAUCCUUCACCAACGAAAAAAUGCAUAGAAAAAAAGUUGGUCGCAAUAGAAGUCAUCGAGCGGGCGAAAAAUAUUGUCGAGCAACUAAAACAAAGUGGAAUGAACACCAUACAGGACAUAAAAAUCCCGUUUGUCCCAUCGCUUACCAUUGCCAAGGUCGUUCGUGACGGCGUUGUCCGAAGUUUUCCAACAACACUUUUGGUCGAAGGAGACGUUGUGGAAAUGCUAUAUGGAGAUGUCGCUCCGUGUAAGAUGAAAUUCCUGGAACGAAAAGAUUCGGUACCGAAAUAUUUGGAAUCAUCUCAAGUCUUUAAGCCAACAUUUUUUGAUAAAAUGUCAUCACAAGCUUUAUGGGAUCAACACAUUCAUAAUAGGGGAAGAUACCAGUUCGUUCUCUUGGAAACACCCUGGGCGAGUUGCUUGAGAUCCGCGUUAGAGAAAACUCGGCCUGCCACAAUAAUAAUGAAGCAGGCGGAAGUAUUACAACGAGUUUUUCUGCAUCAAUUUAUUUUUAUCGUACUCGGAACAUCGUUUGUUGUCAAUCUAGUAAGAUAUCUCAUGAGAGGUCACCGAGAUCAGGCUUUUGAGAUAUUGAUGGUUCUUCCGAUAACUUCUGUCAUUCCAUUGAUUCCACUGGCUUUUCCAGUUCUUUGGUUGGUGACCCGUAGUUUUGCAAAUGCCACAAUAUUGGUUUUAUUCGAGGCUCUUCAAAUUUCUAAGACUGAGUAUGAGGAUGAUGAGGAGGUGGAUGAAUUUGAUGCCGAGGCUCCACCACCCACAAAGAAUGUUCAUAUUGAUCGAGCUGAAUUAUGGAAAAAGUUUUUGUAUCUUAGCAACCCAUUGGAUGGUGCAUCGCUCGUUCGAUCGACAAAUUUAUUUGAGUCAUUAGGUGGCACCACGAUGAUUUGCUGUCUUGACCGUGAAGGCAUUAUUUCUUCUCCAUUUGCUUCGGUUGAUCAAAUAUUAUUUCCUAACGAAGAAGGGGAUAUCAUUGUACUUGACGUAGCCGAAGAUCCGAGUACAGAAUUUCGCGUCAGAUUUGAGGAUCAAGAUUGGGAUCAACAUUUGUCUCGCCUGAAGCCCUUAGGACUCAAUUUGUUGCUAAAUACAAAUUGCGGUGUCCUGCAGGGACGUAAGCGGGUAGAUCAACAUAGAAAGCAUUCGAGCCUUUACAUCCAUGUUAAAACAAAACCUGCAAGGCAAUGUAAGGAAAUUGGAUUCACGGAUGACGCACUCCGUCCGUUUGUUGAGAGAAAAGAGAUAUAUACGAGCGCGCCAUGUCACCCAUCAUUAAGAGAACGUAUAAGGAAUGAUCAGUGGGAAGUUCCUAGCAUGAUUUCUUCAAUUUAUGAAGAAAUUGAAAAAGGAAGUUAUCAGUUGUUAUCCGACGGUCAUUUAGAAAUAAUAUUAGAUCACUGUUCGGAUUAUUGGAAUGGUCAGGGAUUACAGGUUAUGAGUAGAGAGAUGGAAAACAAGAUAUACGAUUUUUAUGAAAAUGCCAUCGUAAAUGACAUGCAAUGCGUCGCAUAUGCGUAUCGACCGAUCGGUGUUGAGAACGGAAAUAAGAUUCCAUUCUUGAACACCACUAAAAUUGAGUCCGAAGGCAUUUACAUUGUAUUGCCCAGUCCUCCUGAGAUUGAACUGGUCACGAAAACAGAAGACGAAGACCUUUCCAUAUCACAAUUGGUUAGAUUACAUCGUCUGAAUGAUGGAAUGUUGGAUGCAAAUCUUCAUGAUUUUGUCUUUGAUCAAAACGUAACAUUAAAUGACGAGGAGUCAUUUUACCAAGAUGUUAUUCAAGGUCAAAUAUUUCUUGCAAUGGCUACUCUCUGCCACCAACCCAAGCCUGAUGUAUGUAAUUUUAUCGAAGAUUUGAGAUUGGCGGGAAUACGGUUUGUCUAUUUUUCUCCAACGGCCGAGAGGGAAAGUAAAGCCUAUGCUAUAAGACUUGGACUUGAAAUCAGUUGGAAUAGUUGUAUACUCUUAUCGUCGCCCGGCGAUGAAAAUUCAUUUGGCGAUGGUUAUUUGGAGUCUCACGACAUAAAGGCACGACUUCCGCGUGGAAUUGGGGAAAUUCGAGAUCAUCUACAAAAUGUAGAUGAUAUCCCACUUCAUGUCUCCCUGUUUGCUGAAUGUACACCGGAGAAUACACCAGAGAUGAUUAAAAUAUUUCAGGAAUAUGGGGAGGUGGUGUGUUGUAUUGGUAGUGCACUGAAUACCUUAAAUACACCCUGUUUCGCUGUGGCGGAUAUUGGUGUUGCCAUGGAGCCAACAAAUACCCGCGCACAGACAAAGAAUGGAUUAUGCCAUCAUCGUGGUAUCAAAGGUCAAUCUCCGAUGGCACUGGGCGCAGCAUUUGCUACGUUACCAUGCGGAUUAUUUAUGCAUUAUGAUACAAGUUUAUACGCGCUUACUGAUCUCAUUCGGGAAGCAAGAAGACUGAUAAGUGGACUACGAAUGGGGGUUGCUUUUUUAAUUGGAGUAUAUCUAUCCAUGUCCCUAAUAAUAUUGCUGUCAUGUUGUCUCUUUUUGCCACCGGCAUUCACAGGAUAUCAAAUAUUAUGGGUUACGUGUGUAAUCUCACCUAUGUUGGCACUUUCUUUUCUCGCCAAUCCUCACCUGCCAGAUACCAUGACUACGAUGACAGUUAAGAAUAAAGAGCAUCUUCAGGGUUUACCUCGUUUUAUUUUAUAUUUUAUCUUACGAUUCUCGCUUCCGAUAAUAAUGUCUUGUGGUGCAUUUGCUUUUUGCCUGCACUAUUUUACUGAUGGUUCUUCGAUACCCACUGAUUCAAAUGAAAAUGGCUGGUUACAUUGGACGCGUGAGCAACAGUGGAUUGUUCUUUAUGCGCAAAAUUGUACGCUGAUCACGUUUGUAUGGAGUAUAGCAUGCAUUUCCAUUACCUUUGUCAAUCGAACAUUAUCAUUACGACGAUUCAAUCCAUUCAAGAAUAACCAAGUUUGGGUAUUGGCCUUUGUAUUAAGCAUAAUUGCACAAUUUAUCUUUACCAUUGUAUCGUUAGCGCCGAGCCCGCUUCUAUUGUUUCGAUCAAUCCCAUAUUACGCCUACUUGAUUGUAUUUUUUGUUCCUAUAGUAUUGUUUGUUCCAUUACAAGAAUUGGUAAAAAUGCACGACAAGAAGAAAUAUAGUAAAUUUCAGAAAAGAUCAAAAUUGGAGUUCAACACUAAGUUGGGCAUGUACUCUCCGGUUUAG